AUGUCUCGAAUCUUCUCCAUCGCUACGAGAUCAAUAUUGCCUCGCAGUUAUAGACCUGUUGCAUCGCAACUGUCAAAGUAUUCAUUAGCAGGUCACGGCAAGAUAUUCUACUCAACUGCAGGUACCGAAAACAACGAUUACAAGGAAAUUAUUGUUGAAUAUAAAGGAAAACGACAAAAUGUCGCUCUUGUCCGACUACAUCGCCCCAAGGCACUAAAUGCCUUAUGCGCUUCUUUGAUAGCGGAAUUAACUCAUGCGCUCGCAUCAUUUGAUAAGAAUCCGGAUAUAGGCUGUAUCGUUCUUACCGGCUCUGAGAAGGCCUUCGCAGCGGGAGCAGACAUAAAAGAAAUGCAAAACCUAACUUAUGAUUAUACCUAUAAAUCUGAUUUUCUCGCGAACUGGGAAUUUGUUCAUAGAACCAAAACUCCAAUUAUCGCCGCUAUUAAUGGUUACGCAUUGGGCGGAGGUUGCGAAAUUGCAAUGUCUUGUGAUAUCCUUUAUGCUGGUGAUAAUGCUAAAUUUGGCCAACCAGAAAUAAGUAUUGGAACCAUUCCAGGUGGUGGCGGUUCGCAAAGAUUAACCAAAGCCGUAGGCAAAUCAUUAGCUAUGGAAAUGAUCCUCACUGGCAAACCGAUUGAUGCGCAGGAAGCUGAAAGAAAAGGUUUGGUGAGCAAGGUUUUUCCUAAAGAAGUACUAGUAGAUGAAGCUAUUAAGACUGCUGAAGUAAUUGCCAAUCAAUCUAAAAUGGCUGCUAGAAUGUGCAAGCAAGCAGUGCAAACCUCCUUCAACGUUGGCUUAGAUGAGGGUCUAAAGUAUGAAAGAACUAUUUUCCAUUCAACUUUUGCCGUGCACGACCGUAAGGAAGGUAUGACCGCAUUCGUAGAAAAGAGAAAGCCAAAUUAUGAAGAUAAGUAA